AUGUCCUCGCCGUCGGCCAGCGUUCGGGUGGAGAAGGCCACGAGCGAUCUCCUGAUCGGGCCCGAUUGGACUCUGAACAUCGAAAUCUGCGACGCUAUCAACUCUGAUCACUGGUUAGUCGCACGGUGAACCUUUUGUGCGAGGAAUCCUCUCAGUUCCGACUAUCAAUGUUAUUAUCUCUCGUGUGUGGGGUUUUUCUAUUUGCUCGACGACGGCUAUUUCGUUUAAACUCUUUCUCGCGCGACGAUCUUCAUCGAUUACCUAAUUUAACCAUCGGUAUUUUCAUGCCGAGUUAGAAACGUAUUUUGUGCGGUGUUGGUAGUCGCCGUAGGCCUUCACUGCCUUGGAAAUCCUACUUCUCUUUCCUUACUGGGCGUGCUGGAUUUCGCUGCUUCGGAAGCCUCUUUUACGCGGUCUUUCAUGGCCAGGCAAUUGACGUUGGCCCGCUCUCUCGUUUCCUUGGGAUGAGAUUCCCCUGCGCUGGAAGGUGGACGAUGUCGUUCUAUAUUGUGAUCUCCUCUCGUCAACGAGGCUUUUUAUCACUGUAGAUUGUGUAUUAGGGUAGAUUCGCUUGCAGGAUUCUUUUAUAAAGACUAUUUUUUUUUAUAGACUCUCAUCUAGUCCCAGUUACAAGUUUUGAAGUUGUUGUUAUCUCUUUUCCAAAUAUUACUUGGCCAUUGUCACUUUACGCUCUCUGGAUGUUGUUUGAAGCUGUUUAUGGGUUUCAUACUGUGACUUGAACAGGCAGGCAAAAGAAGUGGUUAAAGCAGUGAAGAAACGCUUGCAACAUAAGAAUGGGAAAGUCCAGUUUCUUGCUCUGACGGUAUGUGCCAACUUUUUGUAAACCUGUAUUUUCUUAUGUUGUUUAGAUUUUCUCUACCACAUGUGGAAAUAUAUCUGAAUAGAUUGAGGCCUCCAGGGUUUCAAAUAGAUUUAUUUUUUUUGGUGUACAGUACCAAUUUCUGAAUCAUUUCGGACUUCUUGGCUUUAUACUGUUCUAAUUAACUUAAAUGUUGAGAGGUAUGCUGGUUUGAUUGCAAAGGACAAUACUAAGAGUUCGUUUGUGUACAUUUGGACAUUCUCUUGGUAGCUAUUGGAGACGAUGAUGAAGAACUGUGGUGAUUUUGUGCAUUUCCAAGUCGUUGAACGUGAUAUACUACAGGAAAUGGUUAAAAUCGUCAAAAAAAAGGUCAGACUUUUGAUGUGAUGUUUGGUCUUUCUAUUUGCUUGUGUUGCCACCUACAUGAUUCUACGUACGGUUUCUUUGACUUUGAGUGUUUUCUUGAUCUGCUUGAAUGCUGCAUAUUUCUGUAUUGAAUCAUUACCUCAAAAUCAUUAGUCAUUGAGUCGACUAAUCCUCACAUUUUGAACCGCACAUCUUUUUCCUCCCAAUUAAAUGUGGGACUGUUCCAAGAGGGGGAUGUGGGAAAGAGAGACACAUGAAGAGGACUGGAUCUUGUUGAAUAGAUGGAAAGAAGGUGCUCAGUGGAGUGCUAAUGAUAACACGCUUUUGAAGAAUGGGGCAGUGAAUCCAGAGAGUUGUAGCAAGAACUUAACUUAUCAGUUCGUGGCAACAACGCUGUGGGUAGCUGACAGCAGCUAGAGCAAAUUUUGGAUAGAAUCGUGAGUGCAUGGAACUUGAGAGGCAUGAUGUUUUCAAACAUAAUUUAAUUUCUCUGGUCCAUGACUAUGAAGCCCAAACGCUGAUGACUUUUCUUUAUUUUUGGACAAUCCCAGGUUUCAGGUUUUAGUUCAAUACUCUUUAGCCGACUUAUUGGUCUGCCUUUUGGUACACCCAUCAGGGAUUGCAUCAAGGGAGACAGGUGCCUUGACCUUCAGAUUAAAAUCUUACCGGCAACAUGGAGUGUAGUCGAUAAAAGACUAGUUUGGCAUUACGUUCCUGAUUGUCAGGAAAAUAUUUUCCAAACAUCAUUGACUGGUGCGUAAAUUUAUGCCGUUGGUUGAUCUUGAGUUUGCUGGCAAACUGUGAGAUACAAAAGUGAUACACGGGGAUACAAAUGGCCAAUUAGAUAUACCUGACAUGCAUAUGUGUUUGUAUUGAUAUAAGGAAUUGUUCUGAAAUUUUUGUUUAGAAUCAUUUUGUGCACCUUAUAGAUGGCUUGAAGUUCAUUAUGUUUUUAAUAUAAGACUGUACCUUCAGAAAGUCUGCAAUUUUAUCUAUCAUUCAGGUUGUUUUAUUGUUUAUUUGAGCAGUAUUUCUGGUUUAACUUCUCUUUUCCUUAGUGUAAUAUACGCUUGUACUUUUUUGUAUUUUCAGACAGAUAUGCAAGUGAGGGAUAAGAUUCUUGUGCUUCUUGAUUCUUGGCAAGAGGCGUUUGGUGGUCCUGGUGGAAAAUAUCCACAGUACUAUGCAGCAUACGUUGAACUAAGGGUACAUUGUUUUUCAUUCGUUUUUGGUAGAUUUGAUGUAUGGGAUUAUUUACCGGUGAUGUCAUUAAAGGUUUUUUUUUUAUACUGUUUUGGAGGUAUGAUAUUCACCGUCGUCCAUUUAACUGAAAGCCCUUUAGGUGAUCAGUCCUUUGGUAGAAUCAUUCUGGUUGUAAUCCACUGAAGUGAAUGUUUUGACCUAGUUUUUAAAUCUGAGAAAUAGGAAUGGGCACUGAUUAUGUGUCCAUCUAACUACCCAGAGUAAGACGAAUAUGGUACAUCAUCCCCAUCAAUCCCUAGUUGGAACAUUGUUCUUCCUCCAAAAUUAUGGCUUGUCCUACAUCAUGUCCUUUACAUCUGCUUGGGCGUUUUGAAUAUGUUCUUUUGAUGCUUGGACAACAACUAACUAGCGCAUAAACGCGUAGCCUCAAGGACCUAGUGCACAUACUGUAUUAGUGUAUGCCUCCCUUGAAAGACAGAGAAGACUCGUGAUUAGAGGCUUGAGCCUGUUCUUGUCUCAAUCCUCCGACCAUGCCCAGCUUAGACAUUCGAACUGUUCCUAAAAGUCAACCAGCUUAUUACGAUGUGGCUUCUGCUGAAACAAGUUUACCUAUUUCAUAAAUAGUAGGUUCAUUGCCUCCCUGUUAUUUAUAUCUAUACCGGAUUCUUGGGUAUGGAAAAGACCCGAACACUGAUCUUAACGUGUCCCCUACCAUAUUUUUCCAGUUACUUUUUUCGAUAUUUUAGGUAUUGACAUGAUGUUGUUUCUGAAAGAAAUGUAUAAAGUAGAACAUUUGCUUCCCAUUUCCCUCAUAACAGUGUCUCGCUGUGGAGGGAUUAGGGGAGAAUUGCAAAACACUGUUCCACUAGAAUUCUUUGCAGUCUUGCUAUCUGCAGGGUUAAGGACGCGCGAGAGUCAGUGAAAUGAUUUCUAUCUGCUGACUAAAAAGCUCAAGUGGGUUACAAAUAUCAGUAUGUGGAGUGUUUCGAAGACAUGUAAUCGCAAGUAGCUGAAUGCUAUUGGCAAUUGAAAUGCGUUUUUCAUUGAAAAUGGAGCUUUUCCUGUAUCUUUCUUAUUUCAAGAUUUAGCUGCGGUUAGGAUGGAUUGUAUAACCUGUGAACGGAUCUUACUUGUCUGGGCAGCAAUAUGGAGUACAAUUUCCGCAGCGCUCCCCAGAUGCAGCACCAAUGUUUACGCCUCCUGUUAUUCAUCCACUGCCGAGACACCCCCCAGUAGGCUAUGGAAUGCCCAAUAAUCCUUCUAUGCGGCUUGAGGAGGCAAUGGCGUCUGAAAUGGCUAAUCUGAGGUAAUAGCUGGAUCUGGUUUUGUCCUUUCUUUUUUUCGUUUCGGCUGGUUCAAGCUUCUUCUCUGUUCUGUUAUGGUCCUUAUCUGGUCAUUAUGACCUUUGGAUCAAAUUUUGACUUUUGUUUUUUGUCGUCUCUUUGUAGUCUAUCAGACCUGGAUUCUAUCCGGAGAGUUACGGAGCUUCUGAGCGACAUGCUGCAAGCGGUGAAUGUGAAUGAUUCGGCGGUAGGGUCCUUAACAGUUUUAUCUGUUUCUGGCUCCCCAGAUGCAUGCUACCUUGUUUAUCUAGUUUUCUUUAGGAGAUUGUACUGUCAGAAUCUUCUUGGUUUUCGAAUAAAGAUCGUAUUAAACUGGCAAUGGCCAUGUAGUUCCGUGUACACUAUUAAUGUAAUAUAUCCAGUUAAACCUUAUAUAAAAUCCUUUAUUUUGACGAAAGUAGAAAUGACCAUAAUGACAAUGCUUUUUCUGUAGCCAUGUGUUCAUUUGGUGACAGAAUGUAGGACAUAGGAUAAUCCAAAUGCCUAGACGACGUCAUCAUAUUAAAACAUAUUACCCAUGAUACUCAGCUGACAUAAAUUUAGUCCAUGAAGCUAUAAUAAUUUCCUUUUUGUACCUAAAGACUAGAAAAUGAGGUCUGGUUUCAUCGUCUCGAUACCCUUUUGUUCAGGAGUCCUGAUUCCGGUUGAAAAUCUUCUAACUGAUGAUAGGAUGCAAAGGUUACAGUCAUUGGGCUUACUUUUGUUGUCUUUGGGGAACAUUGUUUUGUGUGUUUUCAUCAUCCGCUAUUCUAUUUGAAUCGAGAGGACCUAACUCAGCUUUUUAUGCUGUUCUGGGAUAGGCUGUCUCUAUGGUGCCCUAAGAAUUUGAAUCAAUAAUUUUUAUUUCUCUCUCUCUCUCUCUAGGCUGUAAAGGAUGAUGUGAUUGUGGAUCUUGUGGGCCAGUGUCGUGACAAUCAGAAGAAGCUCGUGCAUUUGGUAAAUACAACCGGGUAAGCAUUGGCAGUCGCACUUUGUGAAAUUUGCCUGUGGUUUGUACCCUUUUUAGUCAUAGGAAAUUAUUCAUUGCCCAGCAGGGUGCUUUGCGCUUGGUAUUUUUACAGUCCAAAGUUAUCUUAGUAGGUGGAUGCCCAUAAAUUCUUUCACUCCAAAUAUUUACCUCUUUCUUGUAUCCUCGAAGAUAUUGCCAUAGUCUCAUGUGAAAAAAAUUUGGUUUAUGUUUCAGGGAUGAGGAGCUCCUGGCUCAAGGGCUAGUGAUAAAUGACAGUCUGCAGACUCUGCUCGCUAAACACGAUGCAAUAGCCUCCAAUCGUCCUCUGCCGAUUGAAGCAUCUCCAUCAGCCCCGGGGCCGAGCACCCCCACUGUGCCUAAAACCACUGCAAGUAGACACACUCAGGAUGUGGAGGAAGAGGAAGAAGAAGAUGAUGAUGAAUUUUCGCAGCUCGCUCGCAGGUCUUGAGGGCUCCCCGUUCCCUUUGGUUCUUAUUUUCUGCAUCUGUUCUUGGGCGUGGGUAACCUUACUACUUUUGUGCAGGAAAACCAAAGCCCAGAUUGUUCCUUCUCAGGGCGCACUCCCCAUGGCCGGCGAUCAAGAGUCCUCGCCAGCCAAGAGCACCGCAGAACCAUCAGCCUCUUCGCCACCUACCAAUGCUUUAGCUCUACCUGACCCUCCGGCCCCUGUGAAGACAACAACAAAGGAACAAGACAUGAUUGACCUUCUGAGCAUCACCCUGGUGCCAAAUCCUUCUCCGCCGCAGACCCCUUUGACGCCGCGCUCGGUUUCCCCUGGCGGCUCUCACAUCCCCUCGUCUCCUCCAACUGCGCCGCAGGGAUACUCCUACAGCCCACAUCAACAACCCCCUGUGAACCAAGGAUUCUCACCCUACAACAGCUACAUCGUCCCUUGGGCCCAACAAAUCCAGACCCAGCAGCCCCCAGCGGAGCCGCCGAUGCCCCAGUUCCGAGCCGAGCAGCCCCAGUUCUCCCAACCAUCAUCCUCAUAUCCGCCGCCGCCAUGGGCCACCAGCACAGAGAACAGGAUUGCCUCAACCAGCCACCCAUCAAACCCACAGCAGUUUGUGGCCCCAAAUGCGACCACCCAGCCUUACUACAGGCCCUAUCAGCAGCAGCAGCAGCCGCCCUCUUCAGCAGGGCAGAAACCCUUCGUGCCUUCUUACAGACUAUUUGAGGAACUGGUCGACUUGAGAAGCCCAGGGGGGGAGCUGAAGACCGCCGCCGAUAGCCAGCCCAUGAUCGGGAGGAAGUGA